AUGACAGCUCUAGAUAUGGCUGAGUUCAAGCCCAAAUCAAACCCCUCUGCUCACUCCGCCGGCUCCGACUCGAAACCGGAGUCUGCAUCGUCCGGACCGGGAAUGACCUCGGUGUCUGCGCCGGUGACUUCCGCGGCGCCCCCGGAGGAGGAGGAGGAAGAAAGCGAGGACGAGUCCGAGAUCCUCGAGGAGUCUCCGUGCGGCCGCUGGCAGAAGCGGCGUGAGGAGGUGAAUCAGCGCAAUGUCCCAGGGAUCGACAGUGCCUACCUGGCCAUGGAUACAGAGGAGGGCGUGGAAGUUGUUUGGAAUGAGGUUCAGUUUUCUGAGAGGAAGAACUUCAAGCUUCAGGAAGAAAAAGUUAAAGCGGUGUUUGACAACUUAAUUCAGCUGGAACACCUGAACAUUGUGAAAUUUCACAAAUACUGGGCUGAUGUGAAGGAGAAUAAGGCCAGGGUGAUAUUCAUCACAGAAUACAUGUCUUCAGGGAGCUUGAAACAGUUCCUGAAGAAGACAAAGAAAAACCACAAAACGAUGAAUGAAAAGGCCUGGAAGCGAUGGUGCACACAGAUCCUCUCUGCUCUCAGCUACCUCCACUCCUGUGAUCCUCCAAUCAUCCAUGGAAACCUGACCUGUGACACUAUCUUCAUUCAGCACAAUGGACUGAUAAAAAUUGGUUCAGUGGCACCAGACACGAUUAACAACCACGUGAAGACCUGUCGUGAGGAACAGAAGAACCUGCACUUCUUUGCCCCGGAAUAUGGAGAAGUUGCCAACGUCACCACCGCUGUGGACAUUUACUCCUUUGGGAUGUGUGCGCUGGAGAUGGCGGUGCUGGAAAUACAGGGUAAUGGGGAGUCCUCUUAUGUGCCCCAGGAGGCCAUCAACAGUGCCAUCCAGCUGCUGGAGGACCCCUUGCAGAGGGAGUUCAUUCAGAAGUGUCUAGAGCAGGACCCCAGUAAGCGUCCCACUGCCCGGGAGCUCCUUUUCCACCAGGCAUUGUUUGAGGUGCCAUCCCUGAAGCUACUGGCUGCUCACUGCAUCGUUGGGCAUCAGCAUAUGAUUCCUGAAAAUGCUUUAGAAGAAAUGACCAAAAACCUUGACAUGAGUGCAGUGCUGGCAGAGAUUAAUCAUGAAGACAGGGAAGGAGUCAAGAUGAUUUUCUCACAGUCUCCAGCAUUGGAGCUGGACAAGUUCCUGGAGGAUGUGAGGAAUGGUAUCUACCCACUCACAGCUUUUGGGAUGCCACGGCCCCAGCAGCCCCAGCAGGUGGUGGUGAAGUCUCCCAUUGCUCCACCGUCUGUGAAGACCCCGACUCCAGAGCCUGCUGAGGUGGAGACCCGCAAGGUGGUGCUGAUGCAGUGCAACAUCGAGUCAGUCGAGGAGGGGGUGAAGCACCAUUUAACACUGCUGCUGAAACUGGAAGACAAGUUAAAUCGACACUUGAGCUGUGACCUGCAACCCAAUGACAACAUCCAGGAGCUGGCAGCUGAACUGGUCCAACUUGGGUUCAUCAGUGAGGCUGACCAGAGCAGACUUACCUGUUUACUUGAAGAGGCAUUUAGCAAGUUCUACUACACCCGGAACGGAGCCCUGACGGCAGUGACUGUGUCCUCGUAGCACUCCCGGCUCCCGGGCGGCCGGCGCGGCCUUGUUGCCUGUGACCCCUUCUGUGUCUGUCCAUCACUGUAGGGCAUCAGCGAGACCCCAGCUGCAGUGCUUGGAAGCUUGUCCUGCAUGUGCCGUGGCUGGGCUCAGCGACAAUCCUCCCUGCCCGCCUAUUAAAGGGGACUUUGCGCAUCAGUAUUAUUUCCAGCCCUGGUUUUGUUGGGAUUUUGCCAGGUGGUGCCGGGAAGCCGGGUCCUGGCUUGGGG